CAAAGCAGCUUUGCCCGUCCUCCCCGCAUUAGGUGCCAAAGGAGGAGCACCGAAACCCGCUGCAGUUCGGGAACGGGGCGUUUUUAAAAGAUCCGCUUCAACCCCGCGCCUCACGUCCAUUGGUUGUCGUCGUGAAGGCAUCGGCGGGCCAGGAUGGAAGAGGCGCUUCCGGGUUUUAUCUUUUGCCUGCUCUCUCGCUUUCCGCUGAAAGCAGCGAGCCGCCAAAGCCCCCCAUUAUGCACGAACCCGCUUUGCCGGACCUCCAGGAGUGGCCUGGAAUCGACAUCAAUCCAGAGGUCUUUUUGCCUUUUCCAGACGGAAACAAUUAAUUGUACCAUGGAACAGAUUCUUCCUAGCAAUCCUAACAAUGAAAAGAAUAUCAUAAAGGCCUGCAUAGAAGGAAAAUCAAAGUCUGGAUUCUGCCUUUCAGUAGAAAAUGAUACUGUUGAUGAGGCUCAGUGCAUGGAAACUAUUUAUAGAAUUCUGAAGCGGUAUGAAGUGAAAAUCAAGGAUUUUAAUUCUCCAAAGCUUUUGGGUACUGUCAACCUUAUGAUGAAGGAUUUGAAAACCAGUCACAAGAUAACUGAGCAACAGUCAUCUACAACCCAACAUCCUUUCGAGAGAAACUUUCAAAAGGAGAGGGAUCAAUGUGAGAUUCUCCUAAUUUUGCAACAGCUCGCUCAGACCAUCAACAGAAUCUUAAGCUACCGGCAGUCACUAGAAAUAUAAACAUAAUGUUGAAAGAAAGUUUUCCUCAGAUAUUUAAGUUUUCUAAAGUAGACAAAAAGUAGAAUCACAGAAUGGCAGGAGCGUGAAUACAUAUCUGAAACCUUAAAAUAGGAUUAGCCGCACCCAUAAGAUAUUAUCCCACAGAAUUUUUAUGAUGAGGUAUCAUGAGCAAAGUUUACCACAUCAAAGGUAUUUGCAACAAAGCUAGAUGGAAGUAUGCCACAUGCUACUGAAGGAAGAAGGGAAAUCCCCUAGAAUCACUGACAGUUUAGUAUGGAAAAAUAUCCCUUCCCAAAUUAGGCCAUGGCCCCAGUUCACACAUCCAUCUUCACAGAAGCAGGCUAGGCAUGAGACUGUGCAUAUACACCUGCCAAUUAGAUUAUCAUCUGCUGUGAUAGCAACAGUCAUCUGGCAGAUGGUGAUUCUUACAUACAACCCCAUCCUCCCAUAUAGAUAAUCAGCAACAGUCAUCUGGCAGUAUGGGACUCUUACAUACAACCCCAUCCUCCCAUAUAGAUAAUCAGUGUUGCCAAAGCUAAUUGCACCAAUCAUCUAUAUCAGCGCUGCACUCAUAGUCCCAGCCAGGGAUGUAGCAAGGUUGGAGUGAGCCCUAGGACAAGAGGUAAAGAUGGGCCCCUGCCCUCCUGAGCUCUCGCCUUCUUCUCUCCACCCCUGCCCCCAUGUCUUUGUUGCAGAAGAAAUGUGGCUCUUAGCUUUCUCAGUUAAAUUCUACUCCUCCAGUAUGCACACAUGAGUGCACAUGCCCAAACACCCCAAUGCCACAUCCACUUAUGGUUCUAGUGGUUCAAAAUAAUUUUUGUAUUCCAAUAAGCAUCAUGCGGGAAGAAACAACUCAGUGAUAGAGUUUCACAUGCAAAAGGCCCCAGGUUCAACUCCUGAUAUCUUCAGGUAGUUUGGAAAGACCCCACUGUCUGAAGCCCUAGAGAGCUCCUGACAAUCAGAAUAGACAAUCAUGACCUAGACGUUACAGUGCUGUGAUGCAGUAGCUGUGAUGCUGUUUCAUGUGUUCAGUGGGCAUUCCAUUGACUGACUCUGUGUAUAGGAUUCUCACUCAAGCCGAUGCAAAAUUGCUCACAGAUGCUCCAGUUCAAAGUGAGCAAUUUGUGCACAAUGGUCUUCAGCUCGUGGCUCAGCUGAAGCAGAUAUCCAAAUGGCUCUUGUGUACACUGCUGAUGACCACGUCCAGUGAUGGAAGUAAUGCAAGUGUUUCUGCAUGCAUUACCUCCAUUUUAAUAGUGAUGUGGGAGUUAAACCUUUUAAGCUAAAACAAAGUGCCUUUUAAGCUAAACAACCAGUCAUUUAUUUUCAUAAUCUGUGUCGGAAAAUAAGCUAAAGAAAACCAACCUAUUACUGAAAGAUUGAUUAGAUAACUGUGUUUCUUAAUUUAUUUGUGACGUGUUAAUAGUUGGUUGCUGUAUUCAGGUUUUCACUGUGUCAUGUGGUAUCUUCCUGUACAUCACUGCAAAAAUCCACCCUUCUCUGUCCACUUAGCUUAAGUUCUGGUUGUUGUUGAUCUUGUAAAGUGGCACAGGUGCUGUAUACAGGAGUAAUAAUUUAUAAGUAAUUUAUACAUAAUUUAUAUAAUUUAUUGUAGUACAAUAUGUGUUAUAUUUCUGCUCUAAUAAACUAUUACAUUGUUUCUUCA